GGAGAAUAUAAAAUCGAAACAGUCCACUGGCUGUAGUAACCCAGUCCAUUCAUUCACUUCACAUAAAACCCGCCCUCUCACUCGUCAUCCCCCAUCCAUUUAAACCCAAUCCAUCCAUCGAUCGUACUUGCUCUCUUUCUCUCUUUCUUCUUUUUCUUCAAACUCGCACGCGUCUUUCUAUCUAUCCACCACCCAUCUAUCCAUCCAUCCACCCAUCCCUCUAUUCACACUAACACACAAUGGCCGACACCACCCACUCCCGCGAAGACCACGUCUACCUCGCCAAGCUCGCUGAGCAGGCCGAGCGCUACGAAGAGAUGGUCAAGAACAUGAAGGACGUCGCUUCCGUCAACAAGGAGCUCUCUGUUGAGGAGCGCAACCUCCUCUCGGUCGCAUACAAGAACGUCAUUGGUGCCCGCCGUGCCUCGUGGCGCAUUGUCUCCUCGAUCGAGCAGAAGGAGGAGUCCAAGGGCUCUGAGGCCCACGUCGCCAUGAUCAAGACCUACCGUGCCAAGAUCGAGGACGAACUCGCUGAGAUCUGCCAGGAUAUUCUCAAGGUCUUGGAGGAGCACCUGAUCCCCAACGCUGAGCUGGGCGAGUCCAAGGUCUUCUACCAUAAGAUGAAGGGCGACUACCACCGUUACUUGGCCGAAUUUGCCACCGGUGACAAGCGCAAGGAGGCUGCUGACAAGUCCUUGGAGGCCUACAAGGCUGCCAGCGAUGUCGCCAUCACUGAACUUCCCCCUACCCACCCCAUCCGUCUCGGCUUGGCUCUUAACUUCUCUGUCUUCUACUACGAGAUCUUGAACUCACCCGAUCGCGCCUGUCACUUGGCCAAGCAGGCUUUCGAUGACGCCAUCGCCGAGUUGGAUACCCUUAGCGAGGAGAGCUACAAGGACUCGACGUUGAUCAUGCAGCUCUUGAGGGACAACUUGACUCUUUGGACCUCGGAUAUGCAGGAGGCCCCUAGAGCCGAGGCUGAGGCCGACCCUGCCCCUGAAGAUUAGAGAACAUCUUUGCGCACAUCUUUUUUUCUAGUUCAAUCGUACCCGCUCGAAAUAUUCAAACAAAAAAAAAAUUAAUGGGAGCCCAGAUGACGUAUUGUGAUAUUGAUGGAUCGCAAACAGUGAUCAUCCUCUUGUAAAGACUGGCCGCCCUUUCACGCUAUUCGCAACCAUCCUUACAUUUCAUUCAUUCCGGAGCAGCACAUAUAAGAGGUAAUGAGCAAGGAACAGACUGAUCAGGAUUAACGUGCCGACUGCAUUCGAUGGAGACGUACACUGAGAAAGAGGUAUGGAUGGGAAUAGGCUCCUAUGUUGCGAACCGGCUUGUCAGCUCGGGGAACGGGGUUCUUUUUCCAGGAAAGCAGCGUGACCUGUUAUAUCAGGGUCCCACACCUUGCUCUUGUAUGUGUUGCGUAUCUGAAGCAUGGCAUGGCGAUCGAUACAGCUGGAUAUUUCACGCCUCACUUUGAUGAACCUACGACCGGCCCUAUUAUCGCAUCCU